AUGGAGAUUGAUAUUUCAGCUCCAUUCUUCCAGCAACUGAAAUUCGACGUACAGCGUAACAUUACUGUCGAGAAUCUCAUUAGGGAGAUAUCAUCUAUUAUAAAAAUGCCUAUUCAUACAAUUCAACUCUUUAACGAAGGUGUUCCUUUGAGUCCAAAUAUGAUAAUUCGAAAGAGAACAAAUGUGAAGGUUCAAGCACAAAUAAAUCCGAUCCAACAAACACCACAAAUCAAUAUGAAUUUUGUUAUGGAUGAAUCUUUCAAUAGAAACAGAUCACACUUAAUCAGUAUGGGUUUUCCGCCGAUAAAUGCUAUAUGUGCACUUAUUGAAACAAGAAAUGAUGUCGUCGCAGCAACUUGUCUUCUAACGCAUCAACCGUUUAAACAAAUAGGACAAACACCUAAUACAAUAGACCAAAAUGCUAUAACACAAUACUACGGAAUACCAAACAAUGAAAACAUUUAUAAAAAUUAUAAAGAAAUUACACCACAAAGUCCAAAUAUAUGUCGUAGUAACGAAACAGUCUUAUGUACAUCUGAAACAGCGCCACAAAAAGUGAAUUAUCCUAUCCCUAUCUAUGGUUCAGCACAUUCUACUCUAAAUUCAGAAUCAAGUUCUAUUCAAAAAAAUCGAAAGCAAAAUAAAGGAGAAGAAUCAGAAGGAUGCACACAAGCUAAAUCAAAAAAUGAUGCUGAUACUGAAGUUUCUUCUUUACAGGUUCAGCCAACUAAAAAUGUAACUGAAACAUCAAAUAAAAUAGACAAAAAUUUGAUAAAAACAUCUUAUUGUGUAUCAAAAGAUGAAAAUCCUCAUGAUAAUUCAAAAGAUGUUUCACUCGAAAGUUCGAAUCAAACUGUAAUUGACACAACAGUUUCACAUUCAUUUGAAAUUCCAUCAGAAACUAUGAACAAUCCUAUUCGUAGCCAAGGUUCAGCAUCAGAUUCUUCUUUUCGAUCGAAAUUACUUUCUCUUCAAAAGAAUCAAAAGCAAAAUAAUGAAGAAGAGGAUGCCAAAGUUCAUGAAUGGACUGAAGAAGAAGAUAAAAAACUUGUUUCUAUUUAUCAAGAAAAUAAGAUGAAAGAUAACUUCUUGACAACUCUUCAAAACGCAUUCCCAUCCAUCAAAUUAUAUGAUAUCCGCACUAGAAUCGAGCAACUGUCUCUUGAUAACCAAACAUUAAAUUCAAAAAAUCAUAAAUCUAAAAAAAAUCAUAAAUCUAAAAAAACAAACAAUUCAAAUGAUCAAGUUGUCGAAAAGCCACAACCACUCCAGUAUGCAUUGACUCAAAAUGAUGGGUUAUUCCUCUGGAGGCUAGUUCUAAAUGAAGAUCCAGUUGAAAAGAAAAUUGAGUAUAUGAAACAUCGUUUUAAAAUUUUUUCAGAAGAUGAUCUACGUACGAUCUUCAAAAAAUCAUCUGAAAAUAUCAUGUCUCUUCCAAUCAAUUUCCAUGAUAGGGAAUUUUUCAUUUCAAGUCCAAGUGAAAUUCCAAUCUUGUUAUUAAUGCAAGCAUACCUUAGUGUACACAAUCAUGAAGAUAAAUGGGAUCGUCUUUCUAAGAUUUUUCCCAACAUUGAAUUUGAUGAACUCAAAAAUCAUAUUGAGAAUCUAUUAAGUAUAAAACAAGAUGAUCUCCAAUCAGAAGAAGAUGGAUUGAGGAAAAUUAUAACAUCAACGCAAACUAGACAAGAACAACAAUUUAUUAAUUUGAUGUCAAGUAAAAACAAACAAUGGGAAGAGAUUGAAAAACUUGAACCAGGAUUAUCACGACACUCUAUAGCAAGGAAAUUCGGUAAAUUACUUAAAGAAUAUAUCAAAGGAAUUCGUCUUGAUUUAACCAUCUCAAAUGAAUGUUUAAAGAAAAUAUUACCAUAUUUGGGAAGUGAAUCUCAACAAUCUAAAUUAGCUAUGAAAAAACGAAAAGAAUCUUGGACUCCAGAAGAAGAUGAUUUACUUCGAAGAGUUUAUAAUGAACAUAAUAAUGAAACUAAUAAAUGGAAAAAGAUACUUUCUUUUUUCCCAAACAGAACUUUUUAUGGUGUGGCAAAUAGAGCAUCUUUGAUUGGGAUAACAAAGAGAGAUAUUCAACAGUCCGAAGAUGAAGAUGAAUCAACAUUUUAUGAAGAUGAAGAAGAUGAGCCACAAAUACCUAAGAAACAAAAGCUAAACAAGUGUUCGAAAAAUAAAUGGACUCAAGAGGAAGAUGAUUUGCUUCGAAGAAUUUAUGCUGAAAAUGAGAACAAUCCUGAUAAAUGGAAAGAGAUACUUUCUUUUUUUCCCAAACAGAGCCUAUUCGAGUAUCUAUACUAG